GUAACUGAGCGGAGCCCAGUGACAGGAUGUUGGUGUUGGUUUUAGGAGACCUGCACAUCCCACACCAGUGCAACAGUUUGCCGGCUAAAUUAAAAAAACUGCUGGUGCCAGGAAAGAUUCAGCACAUUCUCUGUACUGGAAACCUUUGCACCAAAGAGAGUUAUGACUAUCUGAAGACGCUGGCCGGUGAUGUUCAUAUUGUGAGAAGAGACUUCGAUGAGAAUCUGAAUUAUCCAGAACAGAAAGUUGUGACUGUUGGGCAGUUCAAAACUGGUUUGAUCCAUGGGCAUCAAGUUAUUCCUUGGGGAGAUAUGGCCAGCUUAGCCCUGUUGCAGAGGCAUUUUGAUGUGGACAUUCUUAUCUCGGGACACACACACAAAUUUGAAGCAUUUGAGCAUGAGAAUAAAUUCUACAUUAACCCAGGUUCUGCCACUGGAGCAUAUAAUGCCUUGGAAACAAACAUUAUUCCUUCAUUUAUGUUGAUGGACAUCCAGGCUUCUACAGGUGUCACUUAUGUGUAUCAGCUAAUUGGAGAUGAUGUGAAAGUAGAACGAAUUGAAUACAAAAAAUCUUAAAAGCCAGGCCUGUCUUGCUGGGUUUUUUUUUUUUUCAAUUCCCCUGUUCAAAUCAAGUAAUUAAACAUAUGAGCCACAAAAUUGUAUCACUUUUAUAAUAGUUUGCAGUAAAAUAUAUCAUCUUCUGUUAAUACAAUGUUCUAAGCUUCUUAUAAACUAUAAGAAUAUA